UCUACAGUAGCGGUCGACGCUUGUCUGUCGUUUAGCGCUACAAUUUUUCUCUUUUCGGUGGAGGAUUUACCCUUAAAAUCCACCGCCAUCAUGAAACUCGUCAGGUUUUUGAUGAAAUUGAGUCAUGAAACAGUGACUAUUGAACUGAAGAAUGGCACACAGGUCCACGGCACGAUUACUGGUGUGGACGUCAGUAUGAACACUCACCUCAAAGCUGUGAAGAUGACGCUCAAAAACAGGGAGCCUACUCAACUUGAGUCCCUCAGUAUCCGUGGCAACAACAUCCGCUAUUACAUCCUGCCCGACAGUCUUCCUCUGGACACACUGCUGGUUGACAUCGAACCCAAGGUCAAGUCAAAGAAGAGAGAGGCUGUGGCUGCACGUGGCCGAGGAAGAGGGCGGGGUCGUGGCAGAGGAAGAGGGCGUGGCCGGGGAGGGCCUAGGAGAUGAAUCUCUGAAGCCUCUGUGCAUUUUCUUCACAUUGUACAGCAUUUUUGUUUGUUCUUCCUUUAGAAAAUACUUUGUGAUUCUGAUUUGUUUUCAUUUUGUACAUUUAAAAUGCCUUCAUUUUGAAAACCAUAUUGAGUCUUUUGUUUGUAAGUGCUGAACUGUAUGUGUCACUUAAAUGAUGCAGAACUGUGUUUCUGUAAAGGUGUCUGGUUAUUUUUCUAGAUUAUUUCAAUAAAGUGAUAAUUAAAAAUC